AUGGUACGUGUAGCACAUUCAGGCAUGACAGCAGAUGAGGUGGUUGAGAAUGUGAUGACAGCGGUUUCCACCAUCUCAGCAAAGUUAGCAAAGACAGGAAAAAACAUCAAAAUCAUCCAUUUGAAGAGUCAGACCUCAGUUGCGCUGCCCAUCUACACUUCUGACCUGAGUCAUCUCGCAUUGGUGGAGGAGGCCCGCAAGAAAGCCCAUUUAACAAAGGGAGCACAAAAGAGGAAGAGAGAAAACGAUAAAACAGAAGUGUCAGAGCUGAUAACAAAAGAAACCGAGGAAGAAAAAGACAAUGAAGAGGAGGAAAUACCACAGCUGGUGCCAAUCGAGACGCCGACCAAAAAGCCAAAACUGGAGAUCAUAUCUAAAAAAGGACUGAAAAAAGUACCCAAGCCUGCUGCUGGCAAAGGACUAAAGAAAACCCUAAAAGGCACAAAACUGACCAAGAAAAUACCAAAGGUCACAGCACGUGAUCUGAAGAGAAAAGCUAAAAACAAAUAAAAUAAAAUUGUAAAUGCAAUUAAUUCUUUCUCAUUCUGUUAACAGUUGAUGUUGACAUAUAUAUGGAGCAAGAAUUUGUAUUACACAUUGCUUAUGAGGUUAAUGUGAGCAUUUGUUCUG